CACUGCCCCUGCUGCAGCCAUAGGCUAGAUUGAGGGACCACAGAGUUAUCCAAUCACCAGUGCAUGGCGUCUUACCCCAGCAGGGCUAAGAGGCCUAGAGUGAUGAAAUCCCACCAGUGUGGCUGCGCUGUGCUCAGCAGGAACCUGCGAUGAUAAGGUGUCUGGCAGUUAAAGGGGCAGCCUGUUGAGGUUGAGAGGCUGGGAGCCCACAGGAAGUGACUUGGUGGCAAGCUGAUGUAGCUUUGUUCGGCACCCGUUCUGACAGAGAAGUUGCAGUUAGCACUGCUGAGGGGAUGUCCACAGAGUGUCUCAAACCUCAGACAGGAGGGCCACAGAGCCAGAGCCUGAGCCAAGGUGGGCAGUAUGGGGCCUUGGCUUCAGGUACGUGUCUGCCUCCCUCCACACCCGUCCCCUGGAGCCUGCCCCGCUGGAGAGCUUACUUGGCUGCAGCUGUUCUCUGUUACAUCAACCUUCUGAAUUACAUGAACUGGUUCAUCAUCCCAGGAGUGUUACUAGAUGUCCAGAAGUAUUUUCACAUCAGUGACAGCCAUGCUGGUUUGCUGCAGACAGUCUUCAUCAGCUGCCUGCUGGUGUCUGCACCUGUGUUUGGCUACCUGGGUGACCGAUACAACCGCAAAGCCAUACUGAGCUUCGGGAUCCUGCUGUGGUCAGGGGCUGGCCUCUCCAGCUCCUUCAUCUCCUACCAGUAUUCCUGGCUCUUCUUCCUGUCCCGGGGAUUCGUGGGUACCGGUGCAGCAAGCUAUUCCACCAUUGCACCCACUGUCCUGGGAGACCUCUUCGUGAAGGACCAGCGGACCUGUGCACUGGCUGUCUUUUACAUCUUCAUCCCUGUUGGAAGUGGUCUGGGCUAUGUGCUGGGAUCAACUGUGGCGGAGCUGACAGGGAACUGGCGAUGGGCCCUCCGACUCAUGCCCUGCUUGGAUGCCAUGGCCUUGGCUCUGCUCAUCUUGCUGGUUCCAGACGUACCCCGAGGAGCAGCUGAGAAACAGGGAGAAGUGGCUGUGAGGGCUCCGAGGAGCAGCUGGUGUGAGGAUGUCAGAUACUUGGGGAGAAACUGGAGUUUUGUGUUUUCAACCCUUGGAGUGACAGCCAUAGCCUUUGUGACUGGUGCUCUGGGCUUCUGGGCACCCAAGUUUCUGUUUGAAGCUCGCGUGGUGCAUGGCCUGCAGCUCCCCUGCUUCCAGGAGCAGUGCCACAGCCAGGACAGCCUGAUUUUUGGGGCACUGACCGUGGCAACUGGUAUUAUUGGUGUCAUGCUGGGGGCAGAGGCCUCAAGAAGGUACAAGAAGGUGAACCCCAGGGCUGAGCCCCUCAUCUGUGCUUCUAGUCUGUUUGCCACAGCUCCCUGCCUCUACCUGGCUCUCAUCUUGGCCUCACGGACCCUCCUGGCCUCCUAUUCCGUGGUGGUGCCCAGGUGCCGGGGCACGGCAGAGGCACUCCAGAUCACAGUGGCUCACGUCCUGGGAGAUGCUGGCAGCCCCUACCUCACUGGACUUAUCUCCAGUGUCCUGCAGGCUGAGCGCCCCGACUCCUACCUGCAGCACUUCCUCAGCCUACAGCACAGCUUCCUGUGUUGUGCCUUCGCCAUAGUGCUAGGUGGUGGCUUCUUCCUGCUGACUGCACUGCACCUGGAAAAGGACCAGGCCCGGGCCAGGCAACCUGGCAAAGGAACUCUGGACAGCAAGGACAUAGCCAGCAGGAACACCGAGAGCCAAGGGCUGCUAUCUGGCACCAGCACCCCAACAGAGUAGCCCUGAGCCCCUGCCUUGCAGUGAGCAGGCUCAAUCCUACCUACAUCCUCCUGGGGCCCCCACCCAUCUUGGCUGUGACUCAGGGACCCCACUUUUUCAAUCCCUGCUAGAGAGCUGCCAGGGCGCAGGAGCUGGCUGGAUUGAGCUGUCACCAUCCUUUAGGGAGUCUGGGCCCUGUGUCUACACCCUCCAGGGAGACCAGGCCCUUAUUAAAGCAUGACCAGUGCAAAGCCCUCAGA